CAAUCAUGUCGCAGGAGGCGGGAACCCACUUACUUCCUGAAACAAAAACCCAGAACAGAAGCCUCGCGCAUCGAAAACAAGUCUUUUCUUUGUUUACAGUAAAAGUUAAGAAAGUGUUAACACACCCGACUGUUAAAAAGUGAAAGUUAUGGAGAUGGUGAUGAGUUUAGUUCUGUCCUGCACCCGGGGAUCUGUUUUGUGAUCAGCAGCCACCCAUUUCAUUACAUCUGUACCUGUUAGCAGGGUAAAUCACUUCAGGCAGUGAGGACAAGCUCACAUGGAAAACAUGGAGACGAACAAGCGGAAGUGUGAGCCGAGGACCAGCGAGAAAAAAUGCUCGUGGGCGUCCCACAUGACCAACUCAUCCACUCUGAUCGUCAUGAUCGGCCUCCCUGCCAGAGGCAAGACCUACAUGUCCAAGAAACUGACUCGCUACCUCAACUGGAUCGGAGUUCCCACAAAAGUGUUUAACCUGGGCGAGUACCGGCGUGAAGCCGUCCAGUCCUACAAAUCCUACGACUUCUUCCGACACGACAAUGCCGAAGCCAUGAGGAUCAGGAAACAUUGCGCUCUCGUGGCUCUGCAGGACGUGAACAGUUACCUAAAGGAGGAGGGCGGGCAGAUCGCCGUGUUCGAUGCCACGAAUACGACUCGAGAGAGGCGAGAUCUCAUCCUGGAGUUUGGCCAGGAGAACGAGUACAAGGUGUUUUUCGUCGAGUCCAUCUGUGACGACCCAGAUGUCAUCGCUGAAAAUAUAAUGGAUGUGAAGGUGUCGAGCCCGGAUUAUCCCGAGAGAGGCCGCGAGAGCGUCAUGGAGGACUUUCUGAAGAGAAUCGAGUGUUACAAAGUCACCUAUCAGCCUUUAGACCCAGACGCACACGAUAAAGAGCGCUCUUUCAUCCAAGUGAUCAACGUAGGCCAGAGUUUCCUGGUGAACCGCGUGCAGGAUUACAUCCAGAGCAAGAUUGUGUACUACCUAAUGAACAUCCACGUGCACAAACACUCCAUCUACCUCUGCCGGCACGGGGAGAGCGAACACAACGUGCAGGGUCUCAUAGGGGGCGACUCGGGCCUGUCGCCUCACGGGAAAGAGUUUGCCGUGGCUCUGAGGGAAUUUAUAGUGGACCAGAAGCUGGUGGAUCUGAAGGUGUGGACCAGCCAGCUGAAGCGCACCAUCCAGACGGCCGAGGCUCUGGGCGUUCCGUACGAGCAGUGGAAAAUCCUCAACGAGAUCGAUGCUGGCAUCUGUGAGGAAAUGUCCUACAACAUGAUCAAGGAGAAGUUUCCUGAGGAAUUCGCGAUGAGAGAUCAGGAUAAAUAUCAUUACCGCUACCCAGGAGGGGAGUCAUACCAGGAUCUGGUACAAAGACUGGAGCCGGUGAUAAUGGAGCUGGAGAGACAGGGCAACGUGCUGGUCAUCAGUCACCAGGCCGUCAUGAGAUGCCUGCUCGCAUAUUUCCUGGACAACAGCGCCGAUGACUUGCCGUAUCUGAAGUGCCCUCUGCACGUGGUGCUGAAACUCACCCCUGUGGCUUACGGGUGUAAAGUGGAGAUGUUUGAGCUGAACGUUGAAGCUGUGAACACACAUCGCAGCAGAACACUCUCCAACAGCAAACAGGAAGUGCCGGCGAGGAGGAACAGCUUCACUCCCAUGUCCAGUCAGGACCAGGUGAAGCGGCCGCGCGUCUUCAGCGUCGGAAACCCACCUCGCACCCCUCUGCCUCCGUCGCUGAGCUCCACGGACGUCCCUGAGGCUCAGGAGAACGACGAGCAACUAGAAACGGCGAAUUCCUCGGGUCCUGGAGAUUGACGAUGAACAGAGGUGAAGACGUGCAAGCGCUUCAUUCUCCACCUGGAUGAGUCAGACUCACGCCUUACACCAACUUGCAACAUCCACAGCCAAGCCCAGAAACCGUGUGUGUGUGUGUGUGUGUGUGUGUGUGUGUGUGUGUAUGUUUGUCUGUCUGUCUGUCUUAUUGUUAAGCUAGCUUAAAGUAAUAGUUUUGCUUAAAUGUAGUCAGUUAGCCAACUCAUGUUUGGUGUCUGAGGUUUGCUAACACAGUUAAUAAUUCCUGGAUGACUAUCGGACAUAAAAACGUAGACAAAUCUUCAUAUUCUUGCUUCAAGUUACUAUUUAAAGCUAUAUCAUUUUGUCCAUAUUUAUACAUUUAAGUUUAAAUUUGAACAAUUAUACGAAUAAUUAUAAUAGUCAUAGCUAUUUGUUCUCAAAGCGCUUCUGAGCCAUCCGUUCUGAUUAAUCGUUUAUAUAACGUUUACAGAAGGAGUCUCCAGUACAGUUUGUCAGAAUCAUGAAAAAGCUGCAUGUUUUUCUUCUUAACGUUACGUGAUCUUAAAGAUGGGGUCUCCGUCGUUUGAGAAGCGCUUCAGAAAACCGAGCCGGGCCGCCAAACAAAACAAAAACAAAACUAACGUGUAGCCAAUGAGCAGUAAGGGGCGUGUCUUGUCAAUAUGGGUCGGAGAGAGUGUUCAGUGCACGUGUGUGACAUUAGCAGAAAGGGAAUGAAACAUCGACAUGGAGAUAUUCUUACGAUAAGAAUUACUCAUUGAGUUCAUUUAUUGAUAAAAAUAUCCCCUCGGUCAGCUGCCCCAACAGGUUUCGCCAUAAUACUUGUCUAGGUUAUACUUGGGUUAUACUUGUCUGGUGUAUGUGUGGGGCGGAGCUAGCAAAACAGGGGUGGGACCCAUUUGGGUUAGGGGCGUGUUUGUCAACAUUGGCUUUCAAACAACGGAGACCCCACCUUUAACUGAUGACAGGAGUUGAGUAUAUCUGUAACUAUAAGCAGUAAAACAGUACGAUGUUUCGGCUUUUAACAAACAGUUUAAGUGGAAUAAACGUGGGGAUGGAAGAGAUCACCUUCUGUCCAUCAUCACUACCAUCGUGGAUUAAGCAGACACCAAACAUGCCUUGGACAAUCCAUUAUUUUGAGGUUAUGGUGAAUGUUUUAUCUGUAAAUAUCUCUGGAUAAGAAAUUUGCCAAGAAAUUCAUGAAUGUUCCUGUGCCUUUGUGUCUAUUGCAGAGUGGCAUCAUUGUGUGCUCUUAUUUAUUAUUUCAUUUCCCUACCAGCUUCUCCAAGCCUGUGCUGCUCCUCAGUCUGUAACUGUGCCAGGUUUAGUGGGAUAAUGAGUCAAUCACCGAGCGUGUGAGCCGCAUUACCAGUUUUGUAAUCCUUUUGGGCACUAAUCCCAGAAACUCAGACAAGAUUGUUUCUUACACAAUCGGAAUGAUGUCAGAGAUGUAAAUGUAGCUUCAGUCCAUCCCAAAUAUACAGUACAGCUUCCGUCAGAACUUAAACCGUCUCUUGUAUGGAUUCAGAUGAACCUUGUAUUGUAGCUUUGUACUACUGAUUUCCUGUUUCUGUGCCUUUUAUUCUCAGUAAAAGAUGCGUGAACUCUCUGCAUAAGCCAUGGUGAAAGGGGUGUGGCCUCUGUACCUGAGCCUCAAUGAAUGGGCAUGGCCUAUGUACCUGAGCCUCAAUAAAAGGGGUGUGGCCCCUGUACCUGAGCCUCAAUAAAAAAAGGCAUGGCCUUUGUACCUGAGCCUCAAAAUGGGUGUGGCCUAUGUACCUAAGCCUCAAUAAAAGGGGUGUGGCCUCUGUACCUGAGCCUCAAUAAAAAAAGGCAUGGCCUUUGUACCUGAGCCUCAAUAAAAGGGGUGUGGCCUCUGUACCUGAGCCUCAAUAAAAAAGGCAUGGCCUUUGUACCUGAGCCUCAAUAAAAGGGGUGUGGCCUCUGUACCUGAGCCUCGAUAAAAGGGAUGUGGCCUCUGUACCUGAGCCUCAAUAAAAGGGGUGUGGCCUCUGUACCUGAGCCUCGAUAAAAGGGGUGUGGGUUCUGGCUGCCUAAACUUCAGUAAAAGUGGCAUCUGCGUUUAAUUUACCUCAGAAAGUCGGACCACUGAACUGCGUCUUCAUCAACCUCCUUUUACAAACACCUCCAUGUUUGUCUUUUGUUAGCAUCAGGCUAUUCAGCUGACUACAAUGACUGUAUGUAGGAUUUCCUCCUCAGCACAAAUCUCAGUAAAAGGGGCGUGGCCUCUGUUCUGUCUUAAUAUCAUUUAUGGAAUAUAUUUAGCAAACUGACGGCUGGGAUUCACUUUUUCUGUUCCAAAGCAAUUAGACUGAAAGGUUUAAUCAGAGUAGCAUUAAAGGGGCUAUCGUGUACCGAGCUGCUGAUCACCGCACACCGGACACUGACGGCCGAGUAUUUAGUACAGAUCAUGAGAAAAGUUCCAAAUGUUUUAAGGAAUGUCCUGAACAACAAGAAAAAAAAAUAUACAAAAUGUACAUUAAUGUGGGAAAAAAUACGAAAAAGGAACAUCAGAAAUAAGGAAGCGGUCUAACAGCUGGAUUUAUUAAAGCACUUCGAUCUCACUCUGCAGUCAUCCAGCUCUCGUUCAUAAAUACAUAUUCACAAUAAUGUUUAAUACAUCUUUUCUUUCCAGCUUGUCCAUUUAAAUGUCUCACUGGGACACCAGGCUGAAACCAAUCAAGCCACAAUUUUACUGAAUGUUUUAUCGUUUUUAUUCGAAAGCUUUUUAUUUUACAGCUUGACUGUAAGUUCUUUAUCAGUUGUUGUGCUCAGAUAUAUUUAUUCGAUAUUCCAUGCUUUACUCAUUGUAGUACUUUUUUAUUUAUUUUUUUGUGUGUGACGGAAAUGUCUUGUUUCAUGUGAUUAAAGUCUUAUGACACAUAA